AUGGGCCCCGCCGUGCUGCAGUGGACGCAAGACCUUAUUGCUGCACUGUGUCCGCAGGUUGCUGCUGCUUUCCCACAGCUGGAGCUGCAGGCGCACGCCGCGCUGCGAGCCUGCCUCGAGCAGCAGCAGCAGCAGCAGCAGCAGCUGGCAGCAGCAAUGUCUCUGUCAAAAGCGGUAGAAAGCCUCAGCAGCUCUCGUUUCCAUUUGCUGCUGCCAGCUUUAAAUGCUGUUGCUGCUCUUCACCUUGGGAAGCACCUCAAGAACUGCCUGGGGGGCCCUCACCUCCAGGGUCUUCACCUGCGGGCUCUUUGCUGCUUCUUUGCGGACGUCUUCGACCCCUCCAGCCCCGGCCUUUCGGUGCUGCUGAUGCAGCAAGCUCUGGAGGCGAUGCGGCUGCGGGCGGAGCCGCUGGGGGCCCCCGAGGCGCUGCUGCUGCUGCGAGGUAUUCGCCAGCUGCAG